GGUCGAUUAUACUGAGCAUGCGCAUUACGACUUGGCUGGUAAAAUGAUAAAAUGAAAUCAGUUUUGAAGUUCAACACUCUAAGUAGAGGGAUAAAAGGGUAUAGAGGAUUGUCUGGAAAUGAUUGUAAGGAUUUUAUUGUAUUGGGUGUAGAAACCAGCUGUGAUGAUACUGGAGUGGGCGUGGUCACUAGCUCUGGAGCAAUUCUGGCUGAUAGCAGACAUUCACAAUUAGCAUGGCACCAGAAAACAGGUGGUGUGAAUCCGAAAGUUGCUGGGAAGUUGCAUCGGGAAUAUUUGGGGAGUGUAAUGGAGACUGCCUUGAGAGAUGCUGGAAUUAAAAUGAAAGAUGUGUAUGCUGUUGCUGCAACAGUUGGCCCUGGACUAGCACUCUCACUUGAAGCAGGAAUGGACUUUACCAAAAAACUAGUUGCAAAAGAAAAUAAGCCAUUUAUCCCUGUGCAUCACAUGGAAGCUCAUGCCCUCACUGCAUGCAUAACUCAUCCAGUCUCCUUUCCUUUUCUCGUCCUCCUUGCCUCUGGUGGUCAUUGCAUACUAACCGUCUGUGAGGGACCUGGCAAAUUCCUCAGACUAGGGGAGUGCAGAGAUGAUGCACCUGGAGAGGCUUUUGAUAAAAUAGCAAGAGCUCUGAGACUUCAUACUCAUCCGUUAGUGAGUGAUCUCUCUGGAGGCAGGGCUAUCGAAGUACUAGCAAAGUUUGGUAAUCCAGAAAAGUUUCCUUUCCCUCGUGCAAUGUCUCAAAGGCUUGAUUGUAUGUUUUCUUUUUCUGGUAUUAAGACACAUACAAUGCGAGUCAUUACAUCACAGGAGGCUAAUGAUCCAACGGGACCUCAUUCUCCUGUUUUACAAUGUGAAGACAUAUCAGCUGCUUCUCUUGCUGCCAUCUCUCGGCACCUAGUCACCAGAACUCAGAGAGCUAUACUGUACUGUAUUGAGAAAUGGCCUACACUUAACCACUUGGUUGUUUCUGGAGGUGUUGCUAGUAAUCUUUAUCUUAGAAAGAAACUUGAAGAGCUUGCUUCUUAUUAUGGCUACCACUUUUCCUGUCCUGAGCCUUCACUGUGCACUGAUAAUGGAGUGAUGAUUGCUUGGGCUGGAAUAGAGCACAUUAAAGCUGGCCUCCCUUUAAUGAAGGAUUUAUCUACAUUGAAAUUUAUUCCAAAGUGGCGACUGGGCAAGGAUAUUUCUAAUGUUGUGGCUGAUGAAAGAAUUAAAGUGAAAGUAGCCGCUGGGCAAGGAUGUUUCUAGAUUGUGACUAAUAAGAGAAUGAAAGUGAAAAUAAAGUACAAAUGACUUUUGAAAGAAUUUAUAGUGGUAAUGUGAUUAUUGGUGUGGCUUAUGGUAUGGUAAACAAAGAUGUUUAUGUAGUAGUGUGCCUAUAUGUACAAAGUUAUUCACUACUAUGCUUUGUAUAUGUUGACUAAUGAUAAAUACCUAUACCUUUCUUGAUAAAAGAUAUCAAGCAAAAAUGCUUCAAACCCAACCACCAAUAUAAAAGGCACUAAAACUUCAUUUUAGUCUA